UCUUUCUUAUCUUAUGCAGUUGCUAUUAAAUUGCUAAGGAACUUACCCGAGAGAAUGGACGGCGUAGACACAGCACCCGCACCGUGUCGCUCUAGUCAUGACGUAGAUCAGCUCAGAUGGCUUAUAUCCGAUAUCAUCGCAACGUCAUACAUUUGUGACAAUGCUUAUGUGUAAAUAUUGUCAAAGAUUUACUAUCCGUUCCCCAUAGGCGGAAUAUCAUCCGUCCCGAUAUGGUACCGAUCGAUUCACUAUGAUGAUGCUCUGAUGUCGAGUAUUGUUGCCACGAUGUCCGUGGCUCGUGUAACUCAUUAUAAGGCAAUUAAUUCCUAAGACGUAGUAAACCAAGAUAGACUUCAUAUAGGAAGAAUACAACAGGGUUAUCCAAUCUACGAAUUGAAUACAACAGAAAACAAAGAUGGCGACAUCACAGGCAGCAUACGGGGCCGAGAAGGUCAUCGGUCACGAUGGCAGUUCAAUUACUGCGCAAGAUAUCACCCACCCAAGCGGAGAGACGGGAAAGGAGGAAACGAUGAAGGCCUUGUGUUGGAUGGGGGAAAAUAAUGUUCAGGUCCUCGAUGUCCCGCGACCCAAGAUCGUCGAACCGAACGACGUGAUCCUCAAGGUUACCGGCAGCACCGUCUGCGGCAGCGACUUACAUUUAUACCACGGAUCCGUCAUCCAACUAAGCAAAGGCGACAUCCUCGGCCACGAAUUCUGCGGCAUCGUCGACGAAGUCGGAUCGGCCGUGACAAAAGUCCAAAAGGGCAAGCGAUACGUAGCAUCCUUCCAAAUCGCCUGCGGCGACUGCUUCUUCUGCAAGCAAAAGCUCUCGUCGCAAUGUGAGAAAACCAACUCGAACACCACCGAGCGCGCCAUGUACGGCAGCCAGACCGCCGGCAUGUUCGGCUACUCCCACUUCUCGGGCGGCUUCGCGGGAGGCCAGGCCGAGUACGUGCGCGUGCCGCUCGGCGACGUGAAUCUGCUCGAGAUUCCGGAUGACGUGCCCGACGAGAAGGCUUUGUACCUGAGCGACGUCCUAGCUACGAGUUACAACGCCGUGCACGAUACCGCGGUGUACCCCGGCGACCAGGUUGCGAUAUUUGGCGCCGGGCCCAUCGGCCAGAUGGCUGGCAUCUUUGCGGUUAAGGCCGGAGCCACGAAGAUCAUUUUCGUGGAUACGGAGCCGAGGCUUACUUUUAUUGAUGAGCAUUGGCCGAAGGCUCAUGUUGAUAAGCUGGAGCUCGUUGAUUAUAAGAAGUUGUCGUUCGGCGCGACGAAUAAACCUACCGUCGUGUCGAAGUUGAAGGACUUAUGCGGUGGAAGGGGUCCUGAUGCUGCUAUUGAGUGUGCCGCUGGAGAAUAUGCUAAGGGCUGGAUGCAUUGGCUCGAGAUAUCCCUCGGUGCUGAAACGGAUACAAGCGAAAUCCUCAAUGAGAUGAUUGAAGGCGUUAGGGCCUUCGGCCGUUGCGGCGUCACUGGCAUUUACGUCGGAUAUACCAACCACUUCAACAUCGGAUCGCUCAUGGAGCGAGGCAUCCGGCUCAUUGGCAAUGGCCAGGCGCCCGUCCACAAGUACUGGGAGGAUCUAUUGAAGAUGAUCCAAGACGGCGAGCUUGACCCGCUGCAAAUGGUCUCUCAUCGCGUUCACGUCGAGGAUUUGGCCCAGGUGUAUCCCAUGUUUGAUGAGCGUGUGGAUAUGAUGCAGAAGGUCUUCGUCGAGACUAAGUUCUCCUCACCGGCGUGUGAGGGUUCGCCUACACUAACGAGAUAUUGAAGAGUUGAGGAUUGGUGAAGGUGUUGAAGAGGGAUGAUGAGAUGUAUAAGUAUGGAUCAUGAGAAAUGAGAACCUUGAUGGUCCCUGAUGUAAUACAAACCUGUAUACCGUCAUACGUACGGGGCCAGGCUAUGUUUGUGUGAAUUGCUCAGCAACAACCCCCUUGAUAGGUAUUGACUCUCUUGCGAAGUACAUUACCUAUUUUCCAGGUAGGUCGGUAAUGAGCUCGAGGUGAUGCGCCCCUAUCUACCGUGUCGGACUUCGGCAUAUAGAAAAUUGUCCAGCCAAUCAUAAACCAUCCGGAUAUGGUGUCUCAUCUCUCAUAUAUUUCGAUUCCUGGAGGGGGAUUCUCUAGAUCUUCCAUCAACUCUAGGACAAGAAAAUAGGUAAGCAAAUAUUAGAAAUGCACAUUGACGAUAGUCACAGGUAAGAUUCUGCCUCGAAGGAAUCAUAGAAGUUAUAACCUUGGAGGGAAGCUUCGCCCAUGUCGCUGCCACCAGAGUUAUCCCUUUUUGGAAAAACCCGCGAAGUCUC